CCCUCGUUAUAAAGCCACUCGCUCUUGACAGGAGGGCGCCUGAACUCUGCUUGUGGGAGCCCCCUCAGAAACCCAGAUAAAGCGGCGCUGGACAGGCAGAGCCUGCUUCACACUGAACAAUAAAUAGCGAGGAGGCUUCAAUCCAGUCGCUCGAGGUCAUUCCACAAUGUAGUUCCGCAAAGAUGAAUAUCAAUGUGAGAUAUUUGACACAAGGGCACCACAUUGCCAUCAACAGUUAGAACAGCUCCACUUAAUGCUCAAAUCAUCACAGACAUCAACACAGCCCGAAUAAAUGGGCUCUGCCUGACUGCAUUUGAAUUGACUCCCGAUCAGCCACGACCCAUAGGAAACCAGAUUGGGUCCGAACUCCACACCACUUCAAAAGCCAUCAAUUCGGGAGGGUGUACUUUCUCUCAAAAACAAGCCUCGGGACGGGGAUGAAGCUCUCUGAAGGACACCACGAGGCCUUGGCAGCUCCACCGACCACGGAGACAGUGCCCACGCAAGUGGCCAAUGCCACGGAGGCAGCGGCCAGUCCAGAAGGGGACAAGCAAGAUGGGUUCACGAAGGUGAAGGAGAAGUUCAUGAACGAGCUGAACAAGAUUCCACUGCCGCCAUGGGCCUUGGUUGCUAUCGCCAUCGUCGCCGUACUGCUCGUCCUAACCUGCUGCUUCUGCGUCUGCAAGAAAUGCCUGCUGAAGAAGAAGAACAAGAAGAAGGGAAAGGAGAAGGGGGGAAAGAAUGCCAUGACCAUGAAAGAUGUGAAGGAGAUGGGAAAGUCGGGCACAGACCAGGCUUUGAAGGAAGAAGACGAUGACGCAGAGACAGGUCUAACGGAGGAGGGGAUGGAAGAAGAGAAAGAGGAGGAGAAGCUGGGGAAACUUCAAUUUUCGUUGGAUUACGACUUUCAGAACAAUCAGCUAAUCGUGGGGAUUAUUCAAGCUGCUGACCUCCCGGCCCUGGACAUGGGAGGCACAUCCGACCCCUACGUGAAAGUCUUCCUCCUGCCUGACAAGAAGAAGAAGUACGAGACUAAAGUCCACCGAAAGACACUGAAUCCAGUUUUUAACGAGUCCUUCAUCUUCAAGAUCCCGUACUCCGAACUGGGUGGGAAGACGCUGGUGAUGGCGGUGUACGACUUUGACCGCUUCUCUAAGCACGACGUGAUCGGGGAGGCGAAGGUGCCGAUGAACACCGUGGACUUUGGCCACGUGACCGAGGAGUGGCGGGACCUGCAGGGAGCCGAGAAAGAGGAGCAAGAGAAGCUUGGCGACAUUUGUUUCUCUCUGCGUUAUGUCCCGACUGCUGGGAAACUGACUGUUGUUAUCCUGGAGGCUAAGAAUCUGAAGAAAAUGGAUGUGGGAGGCUUAUCGGAUCCCUAUGUGAAGAUUCAUCUGAUGCAGAACGGCAAGAGACUGAAGAAAAAGAAGACUACUAUUAAGAAAAACACUCUGAACCCAUACUACAAUGAGUCCUUCAGCUUUGAAGUGCCGUUUGAGCAGAUACAGAAAGUCCAGGUGGUGGUCACCGUGCUGGAUUACGACAAGAUCGGCAAGAACGACGCCAUCGGCAAAGUGUUUGUGGGCUACAACAGCACGGCCGCGGAACUGCGCCACUGGUCGGACAUGCUGGCCAACCCGCGGCGACCCAUCGCCCAGUGGCACACCCUGCAGCUCGAGGAGGAUGUGGACGUCACUCUGGGAAUGAAGAAAUGAGACGCCUUUUCAACGUCCCCCCCCCACCCCCCUUCCCCCCCCCCCCACCCCCCCCCCCCCACCCCCCACCCCCCUGCUCAUGUGUGGUGUGGAUACCUCAAUCCCCAACCUCAUCCACCCCAUCCCAUCCCAUCUCCCUCCCUCCCUCCAUCCCCCCCUCUCCUCAUUAUCCCGCACCCUGGUUCUUUUCAGACAUCUCAGCUCAUUGACGCUAUCCACCCUCACCAUCCUUUUAAGCAAUAUGAUCUGUGUAGAUAGAGCAUGAUUCAAAUUGUGUAUCUCACAGUUGUACAUAGAUACGCGCCCAUCCAACGAAAAGAUUAUUUCUAGUCUGUGUGUUUGUUGUUAGCAUUUCUUAUUCAGUGUAUUGUUUUUAAUACGAUGUUCUAUUUUAAAUUAUAUAAAUUGACUUAACAAUUGGAAGUGUGAUGCUAUAUAAUAUGGAUACAUAUUUCUCCUGCAUUCCACUGUUUCCUUCUUGUGAAAGCAAGGCGGGGAUAGACCUUAGUAAUGAUAAGUAAGAUGAUCACACAAAAAUGUAUAUCUGAAACAGUUGGUCUCGUCCCAACACUGUGUUGGCACCGAUUUUGGGAGGACUUGCUCAAUGUUUUUCAUGUUACAAUGUAGUCAGUGGCAAUAUUAUAAAGCUAUUAGUCAUUCCAUUAGAGUCUAAGGGACUGUUCUGUGUAUCACUGUGACUGCCUGUGUGCUUAGGAAAGUGGAUAGCUACACGUUUACUCGAUAGUAAUUCUGAUUUAAGCGUGUGGGAUUGUUUUAGUUUCCUGCCCAAUGAAUCAUUCCUUUCUGCUGCCCUGUCAGGUUACACACAGCUCUGUAAAACACUCCAAGGACCAACCCAAGAGAGCUGUGUCCCAUUCCCAAGGGAAGCUGCAGAUGAGAUGAACACAACUUCAUUUACAAGCACUGUGCAAUCAAGAUUCGCGUGAGGGUGCGCAUGUGCACGCGCACGCACACACAUACACACACACACACACUCAGGCACACACACUCACGCAUACACACACACACUCAGGCUCACACACUCACGCAUACACACACACACUCAGGCUCACACACUCACGCACACAAUCAUGCACAAUCAUGCACACUCAUGCACACACACACAAACACACUAACGCACACACUCAUGCGCACAAUCACACAUGCACGCACACGCAAACAUAUUUCUGCACUUACGCACACAACCAUACUCAUGCACACAUGCACGCGCAUUCAUGCUCACACAUACAUAUGCGCGCGCGCAUACACACUCACGCACUAACGCACGCACUCACUCACAAACACACGCAUACACCUGCACACACCCACAUACGCACUUGCACGCACACUCAGGCAUAAACACAUGCAUAUACUUGUGCACACUCGUACGCACACACACGAGCAGUCAUGCACACUCAGGCACACGCACACACACGAGCAACAAAGUCAUCACAAAGCUAUCCUUUCUCAAUGGUUCUGCCCUUUAACCAAGAGCAGGCUCUAGCUUAUAAAGACGUCUAGUGCACACUUCGCUCAGGAUUUAGCUGCCACUGUGUUGCAAAACGAAACACUGUUUGAACACAGUCACAUGGCCAGCACACUGUCUCAACCAGUAACUGCCAGGAAAGCGGUAACAGGCUUCUUUAAUUUACCGAUCGUAGGUAGAUAAAUAGAGAUAUAUAUAUAUAUAUAUGAAACACUGCCAAAAAGAGAAUUACAAUCGUCACAACAUAAGCACAGCCAUAGCCGAGAGGUGCCACUUUCCUUUCUACUUUAGUUGGUACUGUCUGCGUCUAUUACAAGACAGAGCACCACAGUUUUCUGCUAAUCUAUAGGACAACCACGUGUGAAAGAGUCAGCAUCCGAAGCGGUCGAGUGAUGCUUGCUGCCUUUAUGUAUGGAUUCUGUAACCUCUUUCCUUGCCUGCUUGAGUAUUUUUCACGUGGCAAGGACCUUUGCUGCGAGAGCCCUAGAAAUAUUGCUGUCUUCAGUUGAUGUGUUGCUCGUGAGGUGAACGCUGUGAAAACUUUAAUAUUCCUUUCAGUGAGGUGAUUUUAAUUCCCUAUCCCUAACUCUUGUCUCCGGUUUCAGUUCACUGUGUAGUGGUGGAGGGCUGUGCGGAGUGCUUGAUGUUUACAUCACUUGAUAGUACACUGGUGUUGGAUAAAUCGUUUUAUUUCCAAUUGAUGUUUUAAAUGACUGUAUAAUUAUAUGUGUUCCUUACUGUUUGUUUAUACAAAAUAUUAAAAGUUGAUUACUGAUUUAA